AUGUCUUCGAGAGCUCGAAAGAUUUUAGGAUUAAUUGUAGAAAAUACCAUGCAAGAUAGUAAAAAUACUAUAGCAGAUUAUAAUUUAAUAGAGAACUACAACAAUAGUAAUAAGAAUUUCAAUCACGAGGUACAAAAUGAAACUAGUAUUUCUGUACAAAUGAAGGAGAAGAUAAAUCUAGAAGGUAAAAAUAUGAUAACGGAAUCAGUCGUGGAUAGCUUGGAUAAAAGAAUUGAAGCAUCUAAUAAUAAAAGUCUGGUGCCUUAUUAUGAUAGCGACAUUAACUUGUCUGACAAUGAAGACAAUAUUACACGAUCCGCUAUGAUUACGGAGGCAGAAAAUAAAAACGAAGACCCUUGUGCCCGUCAAUCUUCAUCAAGUUCAUCAUCCUCAUCAUCUUCUAGUUUAUCUAGCUCAACCUCUUCUGACUCAUCGUCACCAAGUUCUGAAUCCGAUAGUUCGCAAACAAAACAACAAACAAACUCUCAUUCACUUCCUACCAGACAUGUUAUUAUUGAUGAAACAGACGAUGAUAUUAUAGAAAACACACCUACAGACCAACUGUCUUAUAGAAGAAACCAAUUUAAUAAUCAUCCGAGGAAGUUACAUAUGGUCCAAAACUAUUAUACGUCUCCUAUUUAUACUGAUGAAAGUGACAUUGACUUAAGCGAUACCGAUCCCACAUAUGUAAAUAUUGAGCCAAGAAAAAAAAGGAACUAUUUCUUUGAAAAAUUGAGCUCUUCUUCUACCAGUUCUUCAAAUUCAACAUCUCCACUAAAUAAAGGACACAAACGUACCAAAAAUCCUUCUCUGUGGAAACAGAAUAAAAUUAAACGUAUGCGUAAUAAGGGAAAAGCAUAUGUAUCGCAGUCAAAAACUCAGAAGCAUGUUUCUGCUCGAUGUCUCAAAGAACCUUGUACGGAUAAAUGCAGGCUCAAAUGUACUACAAAGAUUAAUAUAGAAGAAAGAUACAAACUAUUUCAGACUUUUUGGGAUUUAGGGGAUUUAGUAAAACAAAGAGCGUAUAUAAAUGCGAGUAUGGUUGAUGUUCAGCCUCGGUACAAAUAUACGAAUGCUGAAAGACCCAGGCACAACAACAAAGCAUUUCAUUUUAAAAUCGACAGUAAAAUGAUCAGAGUUUGUAAAACUUUUUAUAAAGCAACUUUGGAUAUUUCAGAUCGCAUGAUAUUUACGGUACAAAAUAAAAUUAAUGAAAAUAAUUUUUCAUUUAAUGAUUUGAGAGGAACACAUCAACACCAUAAGAAAAUCGAUUUCGAAAUACGAGCUGCGAUUAUGAAGCACAUUAAUUCUAUCCCUAAAGUUGAAUCUCAUUACUUACGAGCUUCUACAACGAAAGAAUUUAUAGAAGGUAACAAAACUAUUAAAGAUUUAUACAAUGAUUUUAAAGUAGACCAAGAAAAACAGAAUAAACCAGCAGGUACAUAUAUAACUUACUAUAAAAUAUUUACAAAUGAAUUUAAUCUAUCAUUUUUUCAACCGAAAAAGGAUCAAUGCGAUCUAUGUAAUUCUUAUUCUAAUUAUAACGAAAAUAAAAAAAAAGAUAUGGAAGAGAAAUACUUAAAACACAUAAAAGAGAAGGAUUAUAGUAGGAUCGAGAAGGUUAAUGAUCGCAAAAAAAUAGAUAAGAAUAUGAGAGUAGCGGUGUAUGAUUUAGAGGCAGUGUUGCAGUGCCCAAAAGGUAACAGUUCCUCCUUUUACUAUAAGUCUAAACUUAAUUGCUAUAACUUAACCCUAACUGAAUUAACGUCGAAGGAAUCUAAAGUAGCCUACAAAAAUAUACAUUGCUAUUUUUGGACCGAGAGUGAUGCUAAACGUGGUGCGGUUGAGAUCGGAUCUUGUGUAUGGGCAUAUCUGAAAUCUAUAAGCGACGAAGAUGGUGAUAAAAAAGAAGUUAUUUUCUAUUCCGACAAUUGCUGCGGACAGAAUAAAAAUAAAUAUAUAACGUCUCUUUAUUUAUAUGCUGUGCAAAAAUUAAAUUUUAAGAGCAUUACGCAUAAAUUUUUGAUCAGGGGCCACACGCAAAAUAAGGCAGAUAGUGUGCAUAGCCUCAUCGAGAAAGAAAUUAAGAAAAACUUAAAAUCGGGCCCAAUAUAUACACCCGACCAGUACAUAGCUGUGAUAAGGAAUGCCAAAAAGUCUCAACCUCCAUUAAUUGUGCAUGAGAUGAAUUAUCAAUCGUUUUAUGAUUUGAAAACGUUACACGAAGAGUGGGGAUACAAUUAUACAAUAAAUACAGAUGGACAGAAUGUUAAUUGGAAUGAAAUAAAAGUCUUAAAAAUAAUUAAAGAAAACCCUACCUUAUUUUUCUACAAGACAUCAUACAAGGAUAAAGAUUACAAGGAGGUUAAUAUAAGAAAUAAAAGGAAGAAAAUGAAACUAACGACAGAAAUAACACUUCAAGGUGCCUAUUUAAAUAAACAAGAAAUAAGUGAAAACAAGAAGAAAGAUUUAAGGGAGUUGAUUUCAAAAGCAUUAAUCCCUUCUUUUUAUGCAGGGUUUUAUAAUACUAUACUUUAA